AUGGCCGAGAACGCUCCCGCUACCACCCCUUCUUCGCUGCCGUCGGCCCCUCAGCCCGCUACUGCUCAGAACCAGCAGUAUGAUGGCGCCCAAGGCAACGGCCAGACCAACCCCUCCCACAUGCCCCCGCCUCCACGGCCCCCCGUUGUGAUUCCUCAGAAUACGAACCCAAUCCCUACGGCCAUCUCCUCGCCCAUGUCCGGCAACAUGAUGUCCCCCACUAGUGCGGGUGGUUAUGUGCGCCGAGCUGCCCCCGAACCCAACAAGAGAGCUCUCUACGUCGGUGGUUUGGACCCCCGCGUCACAGAGGAUAUUCUCAAGCAGAUUUUCGAGACCACUGGCCAUGUGGUGAGCGUGAAGAUUAUCCCGGACAAGAAUUUCAACAGCAAGGGAUACAACUACGGCUUUGUUGAAUUCGAUGAUCCUGGUGCUGCUGAACGCGCCAUGCAGACUCUCAACGGCCGCCGCAUCCAUCAGUCGGAAAUCCGCGUCAACUGGGCCUACCAGUCCACCAGCACCAGCAAGGAGGACACCUCGAACCACUUCCACAUCUUCGUUGGUGACCUGAGCAACGAGGUGAAUGAUGAGGUCCUGACCCAGGCCUUCUCUGCCUUUGGUUCUGUCUCCGAGGCUCGCGUGAUGUGGGACAUGAAGACUGGUCGCUCCCGCGGCUACGGCUUUGUUGCUUUCCGGGACCGCGCCGAUGCUGACAAGGCUCUCAACUCGAUGGAUGGCGAGUGGCUCGGCUCUCGUGCUAUCCGCUGCAACUGGGCCAACCAGAAGGGGCAGCCUUCGAUCUCUCAGCAGCAGGCCAUGGCCGCCAUGGGCAUGACCCCGACCACUCCCUUCGGUCACCACCACUUCCCUACCCAGGGUAUCCAGAGCUACGACAUGGUUGUGCAGCAGACCCCGCAGUGGCAGACUACCUGCUACGUUGGCAACCUCACCCCCUACACCUCUCAGGGUGAUCUCGUACCUCUGUUCCAGAACUUCGGAUAUGUCAUCGAGACCCGUCUCCAGGCUGACCGUGGCUUCGCCUUUGUCAAGAUGGACACACAUGAGAAUGCUGCCAUGGCUAUCUGCCAGCUGAAUGGCUACCAAGUCAACGGUCGUCCUCUGAAGUGCAGCUGGGGCAAGGACCGACCUCCCACCGGCCAGUUCGACAAUUUCUCCCCUCAGCAGGCCGCUGCUCCUCCCUUCAACAACGGCCCAGGCUUCUUCCCCCAGUACGGAGGCCCCACUAACCCUAUGAAUCAAGGUCCUGCCCCUGCUGGCCGAGGCUGGGACCAACAAGGUAACAACUUUGGCGGCCCAGGUAUGCCCGCCCAGGGUUUUGCUCCAGGGAACGCCGGUGGCUACGGUCGUGGCCAGCCCAUGUCCCCGUCUGGUAACUGGGACCAGUCCAACAACAACUUCAAUGGAGCCUACCAGGCGUAG